UCCUUCCCACAGCAGGCUGGAGAAGGAAGUACAGGCGAAUAUAUACAGCUACUAGCUUGGUCACUGUAUCAGAACGUAGCCAACUCGGCGAUUGACGACUCACCAUCAUUAGAAAUGGCGCCGAAACAUAUCGAAAACCAGACGCGUUGUAUUAUAAGUUGUCUUUUUCAUGAAGGAGACGCACAUGAUAGAGGAAUGGUUGUGCCGGACGGGGAUGUAGGAGACGGAGUGCAGGAACUGAGAGAACCGCAACCACUCCCAAAAUGGCAGAGUCCUGCGCUUGCGUCUGCUGCCAAAAGCUUUCCCAAGAUUCAGAUCGGAGAGCCCAUCUUGGUGACUCCCGCAUCCUAUGCUAGAGAGGACCCGUUUGAUCCGGUGCUGAUUGCGGAUAAGCUGAGGGAGUUGGGAGACGACUACGAUGAGAAGGUGAUUCAGCCCCUGAUCAACAACGUCAGACAGGCAGCUGCUGACCAGGUGGUGCAGGCGUUUGGAGACAGUGUGGAUGGGCUGUGUCGGAGCUGGGUGGGGCAGGGCACGGAGGUGGUCUCUGAGAUGCAGCUGCUGAAGGCGUCCGUCACGCUGGGCCUGUAUGUAAAGAACCGGUGCCCAGACCUCGUCAGCACCGUCCAGAAUGCCAUGGGGGCCUUCGUCAACACCCGCCUGGGCAACUGGGUGGAGCAGCAGGGAGGCUGGGAUGAAGUUGCCUCGAACUAAGAGUGCCUGAGCUGAUUUGAUUCCCAGGAAGAUUUCCAACACCUCAGGGAUAAACUUUUUUUACCAGCCAUUUUGUCUCAGUCUUCUUUGCAACCUGUUUUCAGAAAGACCAGCUUUCUUAACCAUUCCAGGGGGGUAUGUCAUGUCAUGAAGCAGGGUUACUGGGCAUGCUGGGUAACUGAGCUGAGUGAAACCUGGAACAGCUCUAUUUACUGGUACAUGCUCCAGAAUUUGAAGGUUUGUGGGUUUUACUCGGUGUGGUUAUCCAGCGAACUCACUAAUCCCGCUCUGUGAGACAGGGCCCUGUAUUUGAAACUGUGAAUUUGUCUAAAUAUUAUUGUAAUAUUUGAAUGGUUUGAGUUUGUGUGUAUAUAAAUGUUGUUUUAAUAAUUCUAGAGGAGACGUGCACAUUGUCACUUGUGUUGUAAAUGAGACCUGUAAUUAACAUCAUAUUUCAUCAAGAGAUGUUUAUCUAUGGCAUGACAGACCUCUAGAUACCUGUUAAUCUAAUGAAGACCCAACAAUUCAUUUAAAAAAAAAAUUUUGGAAAAUCUUUUCACUACAACAUGGUUUUGAAAGACACUUGUAUUUGUAUGUACUGCAAGUUGUGACAGGGAAAAUAUUAAUUCAGUAAAGUGUGACACUGAAGACCGAA